UGGGCUGUCAUACUGUAAGCAUCGUAAUUGUGUAGCUCCGUAUUAUUGAGUGCUAAAAAUAAUUUCGUACACUGUUCUUGAGACUGCGACGUCACAAAACACAAAUUGAAGUGUCGUCCGUGUAGUGGAACUACCGAUUUCACACAAUAUCACGUAAGUUCUUGAAUUUCAACAAAAGUAUCUCCAAAAAGUGAUAAUUAGAGGUUAGAAAUCCACCAAUCAUAUUGAGCAUAGACAAAAGAUCAAUGACAUUGACACUUGUCACAGUAACAGUUAACUAGUGUUGCCAGAGCAAGUAAAUAAAAACUACCACUAAUUACGUUCCAUAACACGCAGAUUUAGUUUACAAGAAUGGAGGAUCAGUUUCAACUAUUGUUUGAUAAAAUGAAGAAUGAAAUCUUGAACCAAACAAUAGAAUUGAAAGAUUCGAUAACAAAUAAUAUAAUGGAGAGAUUAGACGAAAAACUUCAACCUAUUAUAACAGAAAAUAGAAACUUAAAAAUAAAAGUAGAAAAUCUCGAAAAGGAAGUAGAAAGUUUAAAAAGAGGAAAGAAGCAAAACAAUUUGAUAAUGUUUGGAGUAAAUGAAGGCGAAAGGUCUACACAAGAAUUAAUACAAAAUACAAUACAUAUUUUCAAAACUGACCUUGACAUACAAUUACAAGAACAUGAGAUAAACAAAAUAUAUCGUCUAGGAAAGGGAAAGUCUUCUGGAAAACCAAGACCAAUUCUGAUUUCCUUUACGAGCGAAUGGAAGAAGAAUGAAGUUAUGGGAAAGAAGAAAAACUUCAAAAAUGUAUAUGUUACAGAAGACUACACAAAGGAAGUAAUAGAGAAAAGGAAAACGUUGCAGGCGCAGCUAAAAGAGGAGAGAGAAAAGGGAAAUAUCGCGUACCUGAAAUUUGACAAACUAGUAGUAAAAGGAAAAAAUACUAACAUAAAUAAGGAAAAGCGCAAAAGAGAAACAUCAUCAUCCCCACAAAACAAUGCUCAACCAAGGAAACAACAAACUCUAAUGCCGCCGAUUAACAAUAGACCAAAUGCUUUCGACGUAAUGAGGAUUAGAGCUAAUUCUCUUUCGUCUCUUCCCGCUAAGACAACAACUAACAAAGAAUAA